AUGGAUUCCGACGACGACUUCAUCUCCAACAUGUCCAGCGACGACGACGUGAUGCAGGACGACACAGACAACGACGAUCUCUCGGGCGCCGAAGAUUUCGACGUCUUCGAAGAAGACCCCGAUGAUGAUCCGAUCCUUGCCUCCCAGAAGAGCGACAAGAAGAAGGGCAAAGCUUACGAAGUCAGCUACCGUGUAUAUCACCCGGCGGACAUACAAAAACAACAAGACGAGAUGAUGGAUGAGGUCAACAUGAUCUUAGACAUGCGGCGAGAAGACGCUGCCAUUCUCCUCAGACACUUCCGAUGGAACAAAGAACGAUUGCUCGAGGACUACAUGGACAGGCCGAGCAAGGUGCUCGAAAGUGCCGGGUUGGCUUCAAACACUUCAGACUUGCCAGAGCUCGAGAAGAUUCCUGGUUUCAUGUGCGAUAUUUGUUGCGAGGAUGACGAAGACCUCGAGACUUUUGCCAUGAAGUGUGGUCAUCGGUAUUGUGUAGAUUGCUAUCGGCACUACCUUACACAGAAGAUCAAGGAAGAAGGAGAGGCAGCUCGGAUUCAGUGUCCCACGGAUGGCUGCCACAGAAUCAUUGAUGCCCGCUCGCUCGACCUCUUGGUGACCCCCGACCUGACCGACCGAUACCAGGAGCUGCUGAAUCGCACCUUUGUUGAGGACAAGGAUACCCUCAAGUGGUGUCCUGCGCCAGACUGCGAGAACGCCAUCGAAUGUGCCGUCAAGAAGAAGGAUCUCGACCGGAUCGUUCCUUCUGUGGCGUGCGAUUGUGGUCACCAGUUCUGCUUUGGCUGUAUACUGAGCGACCAUCAGCCAGCGCCGUGCGAGCUUGUCAAGAGGUGGCUGAAGAAGUGUGCGGACGACAGCGAGACUGCCAACUGGAUCUCGGCAAACACAAAGGAGUGUCCCAAGUGUAACUCGACGAUCGAGAAGAACGGCGGCUGCAACCACAUGACGUGCCGGAAGUGCAAGUACGAAUUCUGCUGGAUGUGUAUGGGCCUCUGGUCAGAGCAUGGCACAAGCUGGUACAACUGCAACCGCUUCGAAGAGAAGAGUGGCUCGGAUGCCCGGGACGCGCAGGCCAAGUCCAGGCUAUCGCUGGAGCGAUACUUGCACUACUACAACCGGUACGCCAACCAUGAACAGUCAGCCCGCCUGGACAAGGACGUAUACCAGAAGACGGAAAAGAAGAUGGUGCAACUCCAGACAGCAUCAGGGAUGUCCUGGAUCGAGGUGCAGUAUCUGAACUCGGCCUCUCAAGCCUUGCAGGUCUGCCGCCAGACGCUCAAGUGGACUUACGCGUUUGCCUUCUACCUUGCGCGCAACAACCUGACAGAGAUCUUUGAGGAUAACCAGAAGGAUCUCGAGAUGGCUGUGGAGAACCUCUCGGAGAUGUUUGAGAAGCCCAUCGCGGAACUCGCCGACGCGAAGCUCAAGGUCGACAUCAUGGACAAGACUGCGUACUGCAACCGGCGGAGAGUGAUUCUUCUCGAAGACACGGCGGACAAUCUCGCAAAUGGUAUGAUCUAA